AUGAAUGCUUCAGAUGUUGCUGAUCAAGCUGUCCGUCAAGUUGAUAAAUUUAUCAGAAAUAAUGAGCGCUUUGCACGUGAAAAUUGGUCAGGCAAGAGUAACCAGGCGAUUAGUCACCCAAAUUCUUGGGAUUUGUCAAAGAAACGAAAAAUGUCCCAGGGUGAAGAUGAUACAAUCAAUGGAGAGGCUGCUCCGAAGCGCUUACGCCAUAAUACUAACAUGCAUUUGACUCCGCAAGUUAAAAUAAGUGAUUCUCCACAUGGACCGGUCUCUAUCAAUGGCAUAUCCCCUGCAAACCAUCCUUCGGACAGUGAGCCGACUCCAGUGGAACAAAUGGUUUCUAUGAUUGGUGCUUUGCUUGCUGAAGGAGACAGAGGAGCUGCAUCACUUGAUAUUCUCAUUUCUCAGCUCCAUCCAGAUAUGCUUGCUGAUAUUGUAAUAACAAGCAUGAAACACUUGCCUAGUAGCCCUCCUAAAUUAACAACUACACUGGCUACUCCGGCAGAUAUUGUGGAUUCCGUGUGUUCCCCGACUCUUCUGCCACAACUUCCUUUUGAUCCAACCCUUCCGGCGGGGUUAUCAUUUGCCGAUGUGCCUAGUUUGAAUAGCGCAGUUGCCGACCCUAGACGCGACCCAAGAAGGGAUCCCCGUCGCAUAGAUCCAAGACGUUCAAAUUCAUCUGUGGCACCAACAUCACUGCCUGUAAGUGAAGGUAAAGAACCAAUCCCAGUUCAGAUGGACAUCUCGAGCUUACCGAGCAAUCCACUUUCGGUUCCUGCUGUCACGGCAGGGGCUAGUAGUUCAGUGCAUCCAACAACAAUAGAGCAUAGCCAAAACAAGGUGGUGGGAAGUUCAGUUAUCAAAAUAAUUGAUCAGCCUGAUUGCAGAGAGGAUUUGUUGACUGCUCCCAGCGAGUGCGUUUAUCCCUCAAAGGGCAUUCCAGUAUCUCCUUGCAGGGAUGAUGAAGGCUUCAGAGAAACAAAGUGCAGGGAUGAUCUGGCGUCUAUCCCAGAUUUUGAUCAACAUUCGCCUUUGGAAUCAGGCCCAGAUUUUGAUCUACAACCCCCUGCUGCGUCAGACGCCACUGCAGAAGAGGAAAGCUACCGAGAGUUGGCAUCUGUUCCAUCAUAUGUUGAACUUACCACAGAGCAAAGCAAAACCGUUGGAAAGUUGGCUUUAGAAAGGAUAAUUGAAUCAAAUAGACAUGUCUGCGGGUUUGAUUGUAACAAGAUACGCAUGCCAUUGAUUGCCCGAUUGAUUGCUAAAAUCGGUGCUGGCAAUGAUGUUGUAGCCAUACUAAGAGAGCAUAUCAGUGUGGAUCAUCGGGAAUUCAAGGGGCAUGAACUUGUUUUACAUGUUUUGUACCAUCUGCAUUCAAUGGCGAAUCUGGACACAGAUGAAACCUCUUCCUAUUCUGCUGUGUAUGAAAAUUUUCUCAUAACAGUGGCAAGAUUAUUUCUGGAUGCUCUUCCUGCUUCCGACAAGUCUUUCAGCAGACUUUUUGGGGAAGCUCCACAUCUACCUGAUUCUGCCAUAAAGCUACUGGAUGAACUCUGCUCCACUCGUCAUGAUCCAACUGGAAGAGAAAUCAGUGAUAGUGAGCGUGUUACCCAAGGGCUUGGUGCUGUUUGGAGCUUAAUUCUAGUGCGUCCAAAUGAGCGAAAAGCAUUCUUAGCCAUAGCAUUGAAUUGUUCUGUUCAUUCCGAAGAAGACAUUCGUGCAAAAGCCAUCCGACUUGUCACGAACAAACUAUAUCACCUUACAUACACAUCAGAGCAUGUUGAGAAGUUUGCAACAGAUAUGCUGCUGACUGCUGUGAACUCUGAGGCAGAUCUCUCACAGACUGGUUUUAUUGCAGAAGGAAUUAAAACAGAGGCUAAAAGUCAGAUAACUUCGACAAGCGACUCUCCAUCUUCUAGAACCUCCGAUACUCACUCUCAGCAGGAUCUACAAACUUCUCGUGAUGCUUCUGUUUUAUCAUUUGCUGAAGCUCAGAGACUUAUUUCUCUAUUCUUUGCUCUAUGUAAAAAGAAACCUAGUCUCCUACGACUUGUCUUUGAAGUUUACGGGAAAGCUCCAAAAACAGUUAUCCAGGCUUUUCAUCGUCAUAUUCCCAUCUUGAUACGAGAAUUAGGUUCAUCUUAUAAGGAACUGCUCCAUAUAAUAUCUGAUCCUCCUAAGGGAAGUGAAAAUUUAUUGACAUUGGUAUUGCAAAUAUUGACACAAGAAUUGGCACCUUCGUCGGAUUUGAUUACUACUGUAAAGCAUCUAUAUGAAACGAAGCUAAAGGUUCUGCCUAUCUUUCCCCCGCUUCUUAAUCUUCCACCUGAGAAGUUCCAACUUGCACUAGCUCAUAUAUUACAGGGUUCUGCUCACACCGGCCCUGCCCUCACACCUGCCGAGGUACUGAUUGCUAUCCACGAUGUUGUUCCUGAGAAGAAUGGGCCACCACUGAAAAAGAUAACAGAUGCAUGUUCAGCUUGCUUUGAACAACGCACUGUUUUCACGCAGCAAGUCUUAGCAAAGGCGCUGGGUCAGAUGGUUAAUCGAACACCUCUGCCUUUGCUCUUCAUGAGAACAGUAAUUCAGGCAAUCGAUGCUUUUCCAACACUGGUUGACGUUGUCAUGGAAAUCCUUUCCAAGUUGGUGAGUAGGCAGAUCUGGAGACUGCCAAAAUUGUGGCCUGGUUUCUUGAAAUGUGUGUCUCAGACACAACCACAUUCUUUCCCUGUCUUGUUGGAGUUACCAAUGCCUCAACUCGAAAGUAUCAUGAAGAAGUUUCCUGAUCUAAGACCUUCUCUUACUGCUUAUGCGAAUCAGCCAGCCAUCAGAGCUUCUCUACCAAAUUCAGCUCUUUCAGUUCUUGGGCUUGAAAAUGGGCAAGAUUCACGUUCACAAAUGCACCCUUCAGAUGCAGCUUCUUCUAUUCACGGGGCAGCCUUAACGUGA